CCAAGUGGCAAAACUUCACAACAUCAAAAUAUGACAACAAACACAAACUAAAAGAAGGAUGUAAUCGUCAUUUCCCCCACUUGAAAAAGCAAACCCAUAUAAAUGUAGAAGAAAAGGAUUUUGAUUAUAUAUGAAAAAACAAAAAAGGACCCCCAAAAGAAAAGGGAAGAAGGGUAUGAAGGCAAACUAAAGCAGAGCUUACCUUACCACACCACCUUUUCUUUCUGCCUUAGUGGGUUUUGCUCUUUGCUUAAUUUGCUUUGCCUUUGCUUUAGUGAGAGAGGGUCUCAAAGUUGAUAGGCGCACUCAAAUCCAAUUCCUCCUCUCUUUCGCAAAAAACAUGCAACAUUGUUCAAAAGAGAGGCUCGUUUGGCUGUUCUACAAUGCCUCCAGCUUCUCCCUCCUUCUCUUCCUCUUCCUCUACUCCUCCAUUUCUCUUCUCCUCACCUUCCUCAGCUUCAUCGGCAGCUACCCGAUCCUCUACAGAGAUCCCAACGAAGAGUACGUCUUCACCUCCGACGAAGAAGAGGAGGCAGAAGAAGAAGAAGAAGAAAAAGAGGACCACAACGAUGCCUACUACCACCAGAGCCGCAGCCCAUUCGGGUUUACCGAGUUCCUGAUCGACCCGACCCUGUUGCCCGAAGAGGAAGAAGAAGAAGACCAGGGGAGCAGCUAUGGCAGUGGUACUAGUGAUGAACUCUUCUCAUCGGUCCUUGGCUCGUCACCAGGAUCAGAAUCCGGCGACGUCGAAGACCAAACACAGAUUCACACGGCAGAUAAUCAUCAUGCUGAUGCUCUCCCUGAUUCUGUCCCGAAUCGACAAGGACCCACAUCACGGGUCACCAUAAACCUCCAAGAAACCACCACCCAUUCUGCUUUUCUUGACCCUGACGCAACCUACGCAGAGAAGCAAGACUCUAGGAAGAAGAACAAGGAGAAAGCAGAGGAGUUUCGUACCGAGGUGGAGGAGAAGUUUUUGGUCUUCGAGCCGACCCAGUUGGAUUCCAGGAAGUUUGUUCAUCAAGCAACUCAGUGGAAGGACAUCAUCGACGACGAUGACCGCGACGACGAACGAGAGGAGAUAUUCGGGGAUUCGUGUACCGUGGGUUCCACGUCAAAGAGCUCCACCGAGUGGAGAAGCUCGAUCAAGGAUUCGGGCACAGAAGACCCGUUCUCCUCUUCUUCCCGACGAAGCUGCCCCAAAUGGGAAUCCUACACCGUUUUCCAGAAGUACGACGAGGAAAUGAUCUUCCUCAACCGAAUCAGCGCCCAGAAGCUUCAGGAAACAGAGUCGCUGAGGUCGAUAAAAGUGUGCCCGAGGUCGAUUUCGGACAGGAUAGUGCACAAGAUUGCGACCAUUAACAAGAAACCUUCCGAGUUACGGCAGAAUCCUUAUCACGAGCUGGAAUCUGCUUACGUAGCUCAGAUUUGCUUGACCUGGGAAGCGCUCAACUGGAACUACAUCAGCUUCCUGCGCAAGAGAGCUACAGAGCGUGAUUUCGAUCCAGGCUGCCCGGCCCAUAUAGCGCAACAGUUCCAGCAGUUUCAAGUUCUUCUUCAGAGGUACGUCGAGAAUGAGCCAUAUGAGCAAGGAAGGAGGCCUGAGGUUUAUGCCAGGAUGAGGCUUUUGGCACCCAAGUUGCUUCUCGUUCCAGAAUACAGAGAUACCGAGGAAGAUCAGAAGGAUGAAGGGUUCAGCUCAAGAAUCACAUCAGCUGCAUUCCUGAUGAUUAUGGAAGACGGGAUUCGGACGUUCAUGUGCUUUCUCAAGGCUGAUAAGGAGAGGCCCUGCCAGAUUAUAGCAUCAUUCUUCAAGAGAAACAGAAGAGCCUUGGUCGAUCCCGCACUCCUCAAUCUGAUGAAGAAAGUCAACAGAAAAAAGAAGAUGAAGCUGAAGGAUCUACGGCGGUCCGGGAAAUGCUUAAGGAAGAGGAAACUGAAGGUGGAGGAAGAGAUGGAGAUACUGAUGGGAUUGAUCGACCUCCAGGUGGUGUCGAGGGUACUGAGAACCAGCGAUCUAAGCGAGCAGCAAUUGCAUUGGUGUGAAGAGAAGAUGAGCAAAGUAAGAGUCAUGGAUGGGAAGCUCAAAAGAGAUCCCUCGCCACUGUUCUUCCCAGCACAUUAACAAAGAGAAGAUUGAGACCCACCACAACAACAACAAACACCACCAAAAUUUCUAAAUGUUUACUUUGCUUCCUCCCUUUUUUGUUGCUUUGAUGACUAGACUAGAUUAGAUUAUGAAUGUGCAUGGGACUGCAGAUGCACAGAAAUGAAUAUCCCUCUCCUGCAACCUUUUGUAUAUACUGUAAGAGAGAAAAGGAAAAGUCACCCUAAAGGAGAAGGAGAGAGAGAGAGAGAGAGAGAGAGAGAGAGAGAGAGAGAGAGAGAGAGAGAAGGGAGACUGUGAUUGAAGUGACAACAUGUGGGAGGUGACGUGGAAUGAGAGGAGAUUCAGAUUUAGAGGACAGGAGUAAUAAAGGAAGAUGCAUCAUAAUGCAAUAGCAAGAAGCAAAGAAUGAAAGUGAAAGAAGAAGACCCAGAGACAAAGCAAGGAACAUGAAGAAGAUAGAGACAAGGAUGGAUAGCUUUACUUUAGUUUACUUUUGAUUUUGGGUAUUAGCUUUUUGGAAAGGAGAAAAGAGAGAAUUAGGGCAGGGUUUAUUUAUCUACAAGCUGAAGGGAAAGCUGGUCGUUACACGUUUAGAUGGCGGGAAGUAGGAAUAAUGAUUUUUAAAUCGAAAUAAAAAGGGUAGUAGCAGACCUGGGGCAAGGAAGGAACAUUAGUUGGUUCAAGCAAUAACUAGACAUUUAGCAGGUAGUCAUAUGAAGGAAAGCAGGGUGGGAAUAUAUGUCAACAGGAAGCUAGUGAAAAGUGCCUUCAUUCAUGAUUUGGAUGUGUAUGAAUGCAGCUUCUUAUUUAUGACAGAGGGUAAAUCAUCUUCUUUAAGAUCACACAGUAGGCCAAGAAGGUCGAGGUUUUGAAUCUACCAGAAACCUACGAAGUCGAAUAUUUACCUCUACAGCACUCUGACCAGGCAGCUUUUUCCAAUUCCCUUUUCCUCAUCAAGUUUCUCAACCUCGAAACACCUUCCGAUCCCCCAGCAUUUGCAUAGUCAUGGAAACAUCAUGACACAGGAAGUUAUAUCCUGACACUACAACAGAACAUGAAUGUAGCGCCGAUUCUAUCCGACGGUCAACAAUGUCCGUCGGCGAAUCUGUCGACACUAAAUUUUUCCAUGGCGGUUACUGACCGACGGUGAAUGUAAACAACCGAUGGUAAAUCCAAAAAUAAAUCAUCACAGAGUAAUCGAUGGUAAACAAAAUGUAACCGACGCUAAAUGGCUUUGAUAGUGUCAUCAGCCGAUUGACCAAUAUCACCACUACUUUUAGUUAUGCUUUUUAGUUAAAAUGAUUCAAUCAAUAUAAACCAAUCAUACAACGAAAAAAAAUCGUUCUUAUACCAUUUAUCAUUGAUCAAAAUAAAUAAGUAUUCCCUCUGUCACAUUACAAUCAAAAUAAAUCUCUCAAACCAGCUUUGUUACUACUGCUACUGCUAAGUGCCACUGCUCAUUAAUGUAAGUCUUCAGAAGGAGACUUUACUACUAGCACUGGUAAGUCUCAGAAACUUCUUUCUUCUAGUUCUCCACUAAUUCUCUACAUGAGUUCUGUAACAUUCAUACCUUGUAUUCUCUCCAUUGAAAAUCCUCUUGAGAAAAGGUUGCCUUCACUCCAAACAGAUACAGAAAUAAAUCAAAAUCAGUAGGCACCUACCAAAGAAAAUUAAACUUAAGAAACUGUUAGCAGCAGC